GGCGCCUUUCCCUCCGACGAGUCUUAUCGUGCUAGUGCUUAGCCUACCGAUGUCUCCAAAGUACGUGCUCAUCGUCCUUGUUUGCCUGCUAUCGUUGGCACUCUUUGCCUCCGGCCAGUCAUACGCAGGCAACUACAAGUACGGGUACAAGAGACGACGACGCAGCCAGCGCCGGAGCAGCCAAAGGGGCAGAGGGGCGGGCCGGGGGAGCAAGACCCUGCGCGACAGGCUGAGGUACCGGCCCUAUGAGAGCCCCAGCAGCCCCGACUUCGACUGGAGCUCGUAUGCGUUCGGGAGGCCGGGUGGCCGGGGAGUGACCUUGUAAGCAGCGCCAAGGAUGGACGAGGCAGCAGACAGACAGACAGACAGACAGACAGACAGACAAGCACACUACUCACGGUCGCAUGCAGGCAAACUCUGCUCAUGGUGUGUCUGUGUGUGUUUCUGUGUCUGUCUCCGCGUGUGUGUCUGCCUUCUUUUCAGUGGCGCAGGAGGGCGGUCUGCGCGCGUGGUAAGCGUUCUUCCGGCAGCUCAGCUCGCUGCACGCAGGCCGCGUUGGUCUCAUUUUUUUGGUUUGUUGUAUGUGUGCCCCCGUAGGCUGUUCCGGCCAACUGCGUGCCGAAGCACGGGCUUCUGUCCAUUCGCAAGAUCGCCGCCUCCUUCCGGGCCGACCCCAAUGUGUACAGGAGAGAGCUCGACUGCCGGGGGGCGGCCAGCGGGACACGAUACUACAACGCACCUGGCGGAUUCUGACACACGGACCGACCGACGGACUGACUGACAAACUGAUGGAAUGGACAUGUUGGGUGUGUGAGACAGGGCGUUGUCGCUGUUCUGUCGUUUUCCUGUUUCCCUACAAACAUGAUGCAGACAGAUGCCAGGCAGCCAGCCUUCAGACGGCCAUACGCUACGCCUGAGACACGUGAGAGAGUGCAAGCUUGGCUAUCAGUCGGCCGGCGGGUGGUCGGCCUUUUUUUCAGUGUGUCGAUGCAUGGUGAGCCAGGCGGGCCUCAGAGACGCCAUUCCUGCAUUGAUUGCCUGGAUAAAUGUCGCCGUUACUAACAUGGGGUGGGG